CGCCUUACACCAGUGGUGACGUCGCGCGCGACCGAAAAUAAUACGAUAAUAGCAAACUAAAUUAUUAAAAGCAUAGUCCUAAGUUUAGUACUUCACAACAGUAUAAACGUAAUUUAAAAAUAUUAAAUCUUAGAUCAAUGUAUUAAUUUUCCACACAAACUGUUGAAAAUAAGCAACAACCGUGGAACUUACAAAGCUCUCAGUUAUAUCAAUCAAGAUGGCGUCGUCGAAUGGUAAGGAAUGUGCAAAAGUGACCGCUUCUAUGGAUAGUUUAAAAGUGUCAAGUAAGCAUACGUCUAAACAUGCGUCUUCUGAGUCUGUGCUAUCGAAGAAGGACAAAGAAUGUCUGCAAAUGCAGGAGUGUAAGAAGAAGUUAUUGGCUAUGGAACCACAGAUAAUAAUAAGGGAUGAGAACGUGGUGCUGCGAUCUCCGCCACAAAAGAAGAUUGUGAUGCCGGCACAGAUUAAUCCAGAGGAAUUAGCAGCCGCCACUCCCACACAACGCAACUGGCGAGGCAUUCUCAUAGCGCUGUUGGUGAUAGCGGCUGUGCUCGGAUUGAUAGUGUUUAGCAUAGCACUCCUCACCCCCACAGGAGACGAUGGAAGGGGGCGCGGAAGACGGCCUACUCUUGCCGAUGUUCUCACGGACCAUUAUAAGCAAUUUAACGGCACUUGGUUAUCAGACACAGAGUUAGUAUUCAGAUCACGAUGGGGUGGCCUCACACUGUUCAACGUGAAAAACUUUACCACGAGACUUCUCAUGAACAAUUCUACAUUCAGAGAAUUGAAUGCCGUAGACUUCAAAGUGUCGGCGGACCUAAAGUUUGUGCUCCUCAUAUCUGAUGUACGACCAGGAUGGAGGCACGCAAGGCUCGCCAGAUAUCACGUCUACGAUGUUAUAACAAGGAACCGAAUUCCCGUUUCACCAAUAGAGGAUGAUCGGUCCGCACCACUGCUUCAACACGCGGAGUGGGCCCCUGUUGGGUCAGGCUUGGUCUUCGUUCAUGAUAAUGACAUUUAUUACAAGCCCAAAGUACUGAAGGCACUAGUUUGCCGAAUCACUAGCAAUGGUGUCCCAGGUGUACUCUUCAAUGGCGUACCUGACUAUCUGUAUGAAACUGAAGUGCUCCGCCUCGACCGAGCCCUGUGGUUCAGUCCAGAUGGUCAAACCCUGAUGUACGUCAGUUAUAAUGACACUCUAGUGCCACAGUACAUGUACCCAUGGUACGGCCUGGAUCAGCCUGAGCCACCACCAUACCCUACUAUAAGGACACUUAGGUACCCGCAGGUCACCACCAACAAUCCAGUGGCGACGAUUUAUGUCGUUAGUCUGAAGACGCCCAAGUUCCUCUUUCCUCACGCCAUACAAUUUUCUCCACAAGUCGACAGAAAUUGGUACAUAAGAUGGAGCAGCUGGGUAUCAGAGCGGCAGAUCGGCGUAGUACUUCUAAACCGGCCGCAAAACGUCUCCAUCAUCACAAUUUGCAGUGCCGUACACUAUAAUUGUCAGGAUAUAUACCGUGACGAAACAGACGGAACCCGAUGGUCGGGACUGGGCGCGGAUCCAGAGGAUGAGGAGUGCGGGUGGUGCGGCGGGGGAGCCUUAGUCGGAGGUCCAGGGGGUGUGUUUACAACCAUGCCCAUCACUGAUCACGGAGGCGUAUGGAGACAUGCUGUAUUGCUGGGAAAGGACUCCAGAACUACAUUGACGCAAGGCAGCUUUGAAAUCACGCAACUAGUGGGAUGGGACGAACAGCGGAGAUAUUUAUACGUGAUAGGCACAGCGGUGGAGCGUGCAGGCGAACGUCAUGUCUAUCGUGUGCGCGUGCCAAAAGACGGAUGGCCCCCCGCACCCCGCUGCCUCACCUGCCCCAACACCCUUCCUGAUGAGGAUUCAUCACCCACCACUGAUCACACGGAGUACGAUAAUGUGACAUCGUCACUUCCUUCGUGGCCCACGUCCACCGUCUUGCCCCACGUAGCCGACGAAAAUGAUUCACUGCCAACGGAGUGUCUCUACAACAGAGUGUACUUUAGCAGGAACUUCUCCUAUUAUGUACAGGAAUGCCUCGGUCCUGGCCCUCCAGCUAUAUUUCUGUGUUCGAUGAGCGGCGCGCGUCUCUCCGUGCUUCACGAUGGACAGCCUUUACGACAACAUGUCGCUGCUCUUGCUUCUCCGCACAUCAAAGUGUUUAGAGUGGAGGUGCAAACUCACAGAGAGGCACGAGUGCGCCUUUUGCUGCCACCGGGGCUCAGAGACACCGACGACCUACCGCUACCUCUUGUUUUACACGUGUCUGCAUCACCGGGUGGUCAGCUGGUAUCGUCUCGUUGGGGCAUGGGAUGGGGCUGGUAUCUCGCCGCAGCACGGAACUUCAUAUUUGCACAAAUUGACGCAAGGGGCUCUGCUGGUCAGGGUGAAGAAUUACGAACAGAGAUAUAUCAAAAAUUGCUUUCAGUCGACGUAGAAGAUCAAAUCGCGGUUUUGUCAUACCUUCGCGAUAACCUCAAGAUGGUGGACGGCAGCCGUAUAGGGGUAUGGGGCGCAGGAUACGGGGCAGCCGCUGCACACGCUCUUGCCGCCGGAGACGCUAGAAACCUCACUCGAUGUCUUGCUCUUAUUGCACCGCUGGCUGACCUUACGCACCACACUUCAUUCUGGACAGAGAGGUAUGGGGGUGCAGGAGCGGGAAGUGGUGGGGGGGCAGUUUGGCGUCGCGCAGGCAACUUACCCCCUCGAAGGGUUUUACUGGCCCACGCUACGGCUGACACGCGAGCCCCGCCGCAUCACGCAUUAGCUCUAGCACACGCUCUUAUUAGGGCAGGAGCGCUCUACACUCAUCAUGUUUACCCAGAUGAGGGUCACAAUUUCGAGAAAUCCCAGAUCCAUCUAUAUAAGACCCUGGAGCAGUUCUUUGACGAAUGUUUUGGUCCCGUUGAAGUUGCAGAUUGGGACACAGGCGUUGAGGGACUAUUUCCAUUCCGGGACUAAAGACUAAUACUUUUUUUAAUACAUAUAAAUGACAGUUCUGAUAAUGUAUUAAGAAAUUAUGGUCAUUUACAGAUAUAAGAAAGGAAAUUACGUGAAUAUUUAAAAAAAUAACAAAUAUUAUAUGAAUAUAAGUUUUAUUCGGUGUUAUUUUUAUUUAUAAGGUAUACCUUAUGACACAUUGAAGGUAAAGCGUGUUACAAGAAAAAAAAAAAGGAAAACUGUCUUUAAUAUUUUGGAUGAAAAAUUCACAAAACGUCGGUUUGUCAAAGUCGGGUUUUUCGUUACACCUUUAAAUAAUAUAUGUAUAUUGUAUAUAAAUUACACUAGUUAGAAAUGAACUUAUCAUUAUAAAAUUCGGCAAUAAUUUGAUUUCUGUUGAAUCCAUAAUCACUUUUGCUUAUAUACCAUAUAAUGGCAAAAUAAUAAAAAACCCCGUCCUUAUAACCUAUAAGGGCAAAAAUAAUAACUUUAUAAAGAAUUUUAAUUUGAAUCUUGUAAAACCUUCGUUUGGUCGUCUGAUUAACGAACGUUGGAGGUUACUUCUUUAUCAGAAUCGUUUGUCAAAUGGAAUAUGUAAUAUUAUAAUUCCAAUUAGUUAGUAAACAAAUUGUCUUAGCCCUUGCACCGUUAUUUUACACGAAUAGAUUAUUGAAAUGGUGCAUAUUUACAAUAUUAAUACUUAUUUUACUAGAUUGAUAGUUUUGAAAGAAAUGAGAAGUGGAUUUGAGUGUUUUACCUUGAUGUAUUAUUAUUGUUAGAUAAAUGAAUUGUAAUAACAAUAGUUUGUGAAAAAAACGAAAAAAGAUUUGUGGUAUUUAAAAUAAAUAAUGGGAAAUAAUUUUACAUUAUAGAGUAUGGAAGCGGUCUGACUUAAAUUUUUAUUAUUAUUUACUCUGACAUCUCUCCAGUUUACGACAUAUUUUCGUGUUCGAUUAUUUUUUCACAAACUAUGUUUGAGCUCGACGCUCUCUGAAAAUUUUCUUAUGAUUAUAAUAAGGUAUAAAUGUUGUACUAUAUUUAAGCAUAAGCGUACGUCGUACCUACUUACUUGUGUCUAAAUUAUAUGUACCUCCUUACUUCAAUGUCGCUUUGAAUGUCAUCGUAACUUAGCUUUAAUAUUUUUAGAUUAUUCCAAAAUAAAUUCUAUUUCUACUACGCGUCACAGUCAUGAUGAUUAAGGAUAUUUAUAUAAUGGAUAUUUCUUUUUUUUUUGUGUAAAUCAUCGUGACUGAUACAAUUUUGCCCAACAAUGUAUGUUUAGUGAUGAAGUACCAAACAUAGAUUGCUAGAUUUUAAUAAAAAUAUUCAAACAAAUAGAUUUUAUAAAAAUAAUAAAAAUUAUAUUAUAAAAAUCCAUGUUAUAGAUGUCGUAUUUAUGUAUUACAGAGAAAUAUCGUUGUCAUAGAUAAUAUUGUGUAUAUUUUGUGUAACAAACGUUUUCUAGUCGAUAACUAUUCAUUAUUUAUUUUUACACUUUAUUCCUUAAUUAACAAUCCAAUUGUCCGAACGAUUCUUCACUGCCAAUUUUGUUUUAUCAAAAAAAAAUCAUUAUUAUACGUAAGAAUUAAUUUAAUUUAAAUAAACGUACCUAAAUCAGUUUCAUAAAUAUAAAAGAGUUCGUGAUAUAUUUGGAUAUUCGACGUCUCUUGUUUUUCGUUUCUUCAUAAAACUUAGUAGUUGGUACAUACUCUAUUUCUAUCUCAUGUUGUUAACUAUAAUUAAUUUAAAAUAGAAUUCAAUUAAAAAAUGUUUGGAACAUUUAUUAAUUAAUUGAAAUAAUAUAGUAUAACAGUUAAAUUUUAAACACUUAUCUUGUCAUCCUUACGAUCUAUUAAGAUGACAUUAUGUCUUAGUUUCCUAUGUAACCACGAAUUAUAAGGCACACUUAUUACAAGGAAGCAAUGCUUUUCGAAUUUCUAAUACUAGUUAAGUUAGACUUAACUUCUACUGCUGUAACUUGAUCAUCAGAACGAGCAGAUCAUAAUUUCCAUAUCAAUUUUGUAUGUUUAUUUCAUUUUAGUGCUGCGGCAUGGCAUUAUUGUAAGUGCAUUUAAUUUCUGAUACGCAAAAAAUUUCAUAUUAAUCUGUUUUCUCUAUCCUGUACGUAGGUAAGCUUUUUAUAAAUGCCAUGUAUGCGACAUUGUUUGCCUACUUUCCUUGUAUAGAUAAUGAAUGUGAUUUAAUUAAUCUAGGUUACGUUACGUGUAAAAUUGUUUUUAUGCUCAGUGGUUAUGUUGAGACGUUAUUUACAAUAAACUAUAAAAGUUGUUUUAA